AUGUUGACAUGGCAUCAGAGGAGAGUUCUGGGACUGGCCCUGGUGGAGAGUUUCAUGCUUAGUGCGCACUAUGCUGUGUUCAUGCCUUUCUAUCCCAAUGUGGCUGAAGAGAAAGGCAACACUCCGCUUGAGACUGGGAUGUUUUUCGCCGCAGGAUCGGUCGUCGGUUUGGUCGGAAGUCCUCUCGUCGGUGUGCUGCUCAAGAGAGGAUUCGCUCCGAAAAGAAUGGUGACCCUCGGCUUGAUUCUGAGCGGAGUUUUCCUCGUGAUCCACGGAUUCUACAAAGAUCUUUUCAAAGGUGGCCGGGAGUUCUUCUACGCGAACUUGGGCACGAAGAUCGUCCACUCGACCGGACCCGUCAUGGCUACUACUGCAAUUUAUCCCAUUGUUGCCGUGGAGCUCGGAGAGAGCCGCGGAAGAUAUCUCCCGUUUCUCGAGGCGAUGUACAACGGUGGUCUUAUGAUCUGGCCGUGCGUGGGAUCGAUACUCUAUGAUAAGUUCGGCUACACGUUCCCUUUUGUAUCGGUGGGCUUGAGCUCGCUGGUUCUUUGCGUCAUCUUGAUGAUCUUCCUCCCGAAUCCGAAGAAAGCCGAACUACUCCCUGGCUUGGGGAAAAAUUCUGGCGGCUCAACGAUGGACUUGACUUUGUUCCUCCUGUUAGCGAAUAUUGCCAUGUGUUACUUGAUCAUAGGAUUCAACGACAUAACUCUGUCGACGGAGUUGGCAAUUUUCCGCCUGAAUCAUACCGAAGUGGGUUUUUGCUUCGCCGUUGCUCCCGUGUGCUAUGGAGCUUGCAUAUACAUGUGGGGUCUGUUGAGCAAGGCCCGACGUGGCCAGUUCUUGGCGAUAUCGAUAGGAUUCGCUCUCUCAGUUGGCGGCCUGUUUUUCUUGGCUCCGUGCCGCCUAUUGACAAUAGAGCCCACACUUCAUGUAAGGCUACUGGGACAAGCUCUAAUGGGGAUCGGUUUGGCUGCUCUAUUCACGUCGAGCAUGGUAUUCGGAAUGCAGUAUGUCACGGAGGGACUGAGAAUGGACGAUGAUGUCGCAACUCAUGGCUAUUUCUCGAGCCUGGUCUUUUUCUCCUUGAGCUUCGGAUAUGUAGUGGGGCAUGCGGGUUUCGCGGGCCUGCUAUUGAACGAAAUCGGCUAUGAGAAUGUUAUUCUUCUUAUCGUGCUAAGUGCCCUCAUUUUAUUUCUAUUCAACCUCAUACAGACUUGCAUUUUCGAAUCAAUCCCGAGCAGGAGAGGUUACGAAAGCAUCAAUGGCACGAAUCAUACAUGAAGCUAUUUACCCUGCGUGAUUCUAUA